AUGUGCGGCCGCGAGCGGGACCCACGGGCGCCUCCCCCGCGGGUGCAGGCAGGUCGCCACGACGGCGGCGAUUACCUGGCACUGAGCGAGCACCUGCGCUCCUGGACCCGGCGGACACGCGGCCCAGAUCUCGGGAACUUCCCAGAGGGCAGGUGCCGGCUGCCUCCGCAGGGGCCGGAGUACUGGGAGGGGGAGACGCGGGACAUAAAGGCCAGGGCUCAGCGGUUCCGAGAGGACGUGCUCUACCUGCUCGGCCGCUACAACCGGAGCGAGGCGGGGUCUCACACCUUCCAGAACUUGUACGGCUGCGACGUGGGGCCCGACGGGCACCUCCUCCGCGGGUACAGCCGGCACGCCUACGAUGGCGCAGAUUACCUGACCCUGAGCGAGGACCUGCGCUCCUGGACCGCGGCGGAUGAAGCUGAUGAGGUGGCUCAGAUCACCCGCAGCAAGUGGGAGGCGGGAGGCAGAGGGUUCUGCAGAAACUACUUGCAGGGCACGUGCCUGGAGUCGCUUCUCAGAUUCCUGGAAAACGGGAGGGAGACGCUGCAGCGCUCAGAUCCCCCAAGGACACAUGUGACUCACCACCCCACCUCUGAGCAUAAGGUCACCCUGAGGUGCUGGGCCCUGGGCUUCUACCCUGCGGACAUCACCCUGACCUGGCAGUGUGAUGGGGAGGAUCUGACCCAGGAGACAGAGCUGGUGGAGACCAGGCCUGGGGGAGAUGGAACCUUCCAGAAGUGGGCGGCUGUGGUGGUGCCUUCUGGAGAGGAGCAGAGAUACACGUGCCAUGUACAGCAUGAGGGACUGCUGGAGCCCCAAGUCCUGACUUGGGUGCCCCCUCCUCAGUCCUCCAUCCCCACCGUGGGCAUCAUUGCUGGCCUGGUUCUCUUUGGAGCUGUGCUCAGUGGCGCUGUGGUGGUUGCAGCUGUGAUGUGGAAAAAGAAAUACUCAGGUGGACAAGGAGGAAGCUACACUCAGGCUGCAGGCAACGACAGUUCCCAGGGCUCUGAUGUGUCUCUCUCAGCCCCUAAAGUGUGAGCCAGCUGCCUUUUGGGGACUGAGUGAUGCAGGAUUUCUUCUCAUCUUCAUUUUGUGACUUCAACAUCUGCUGCAGACAGGACAGCUGAUGAAAUUCUCUGCCAUUAAUGAAGACUCUAAAUGAAUUCGCAAUGGGGGGAGGCUGCGAGAGUGCCGUUAAGAGCAGCUCAGCCUCUCACUCUUCCAGCCCAAGCUUUUAUUAAAGACAUGAACAAAGGAACAAGAAAAUAGCACACAAUUGUGUUUGUGUUCAUACAGAUUAUUAAGUUACUGCUGGAACAAGCUUUCCUGAUUAGCAGGGAACAUGCACACAAGCCAGCCCAUCCUUAGAGAACAGGAGUCAGUUCUGGGAAGAAGUUCUGUUUGUGGAACUUCUAACAUCCUGGAACUCUGUGUGCAGAGUAAACUGGUGCUCUUCAAAUACUCCAGCUCCCUUUGGGCAGCAGACUCCCAUAAUAUCCCCCUUUUUAUUUUUAAAGCAAAGUAUAACUAGCUUUGGGCCUUCCCUGGUGGUGCAGCGGUUAAGCGCUGGGCUGCGAGGCUGCCCACAGCUUCUGCAGUGCCGGAUCAAUCCCUGCCCCAGGCGAGGGUCCCACAUGGUGCAGCAGACCUCUCCUCUGCAACAAUGUAUUGCAGCUGUGCCCGUCGUUCCUUUAGCAGUGUAUUUCGUCAGUCUGCCUGCUCUGUUCCUCACUCUGGCUCUGGUGAAUUCUCUCACCCUCCCGCACUUCUGACUGUACCCCAUGCUUGUAUAAAUA